GCCAAAAAGUUAAACGAAAAAGAUAAACACAAACAGUUCCGCAUGAUAUGCGAAUGCAAAACUAAAACUUUGUCCUCAUAAGUCUCGUAACGAUACCACUAUCUUGAUAUUCAUUCAGGUCACAUCCAGAAAUCGUUGAGGAGUUCUAAUUGAAUUCAAGUUUCGUUUGUCGUGAAAGUUGUUGCCAGAGAGAGCGUCGGGAGAGCAGGUGACCCCUUCUGGCAGUACUCGGACACUGCACCAGCAGUACGUAUUUCUUGUUAUACUUGUACCGAAGUAUUGGGUGAUCCAGAAAAUGGAUGUCCUGCCGUCGCCAUCAUUGGACGUGAUGUCCACUCUGGCGCCCCCGGCGCUUCGCGAAAGCUCUCGAAAACGAGUGCGUAAAACGUUGGGGCCUGACUUUGUUGAUUUCUCGGGGCCCGUACGUUUUCGCGCGCAGGCAGUAGUGCUUUCGGAUGAAGCCACGGUGCGAAAAGUAACGCCAAAACGACUCAUACUCUCGGAUUCCAAGCUUCCGAAGAGAGAUGGCGCUAAACGGAAUGGGUUUAAGAAGCGCAGAUCCGCAAAGUCACAGCGGAAGGCGCUGGCAGUGCCAGCUGCCAUUAUUCCGAUUGCGCCCGAUACAGGAGCAGAACACACAACGGACCUUGCGGACAUUGAUGCGUUCUGCAAUGUGUGCGGACUUCGAGUUCAUAAACUGCUCAGAAAUGGCUUUAGAGGUGGAGACAGUGAAGGCCUGGCUGUUCGCUGUACUGGAGAACGGUGUAAUUAUACAGGCCAUGUUAGCUGCUUGCCCAAUACAGCGGACAUCAAAUCUUUUCGAUGCGCCGAUUGCGCUAAAAAGCAGUGUGUUGUCUGCGAAAAGGGAAAUGUUUCCACCCAGCCGGAUGACAUGGUUAGGUGCUGUCGAUGUAAAAAAGCGUUCCAUCUUGAUUGCCAUGUCCCGCCUGUGGACCGGCGUAAGCGAAAAUCACCCGCCGGAAUUUUGCGACCUUGGUGUUGCAAGACGUGUAGAACAAUCAGACGACGUAUAAAGAAGCCGUCGCGCGUCAAACCGGCAUCUCCUCAAGCCUCGCAUCCGACCUUGGUCCCUUGUCUCACAACUCAUUCGGACCUACCUGAUCAUACUUCUGCAGGUUAUGCGUUACCCUCAAAUCCGCCGCUGCUUUCUCCCGCAUUGGUUGGUCCCACAUUAUACAGACCGCAUGCCGAACUGGUUGAUGCUUUCAGUGCAACCAAAACGUCGGGAAUGGAUAAUAGUGGCGAGGACGAUAAUGCCGACAAAGGUGAGGCAAGUGACGCUGCCUUGGUUCCGCUGUUAAUGCCGGGCCAGCCUUUUGAUCCAAUACUGGUUCCGGACUCCAUGAUUAUAUUUGGCAAAACUACCGAAAAGGUGCGGGAGCGAAUCGAGCGCGAUAGAGAACUGCGUCAGGAUUUGGCAUGGUGGAGCGUGGAACAAUGCGCUGCGUAUUUUCAGGAUUCCGAUCCGGAUUUAGCUCAGCUUAUAAUUGACCAUGAAUUACUAGGGUGUGCGCUUCUGCUCAUAACACGGUCCCAGUUUCUGGAUUUAUUUCAGUUACCCGUCGGAAAGGCACUGCGGAUGCAUGCUGCCGUAUGUCGAUGUAGGCGUAUGUACUUUUGAACGAAGGGAUAAAGGAUUACCAUUUCUUGAACUAAUUUGCUGGGGUAAUCUGCGUUCUUUGAGAUUCUGCUCAUUUGCAGAAUUGUGCGUGAUGGGCGUAAUAUGCCCGUUGAUUUAACUUACUGGAAGUUUGUUUCCUCGAUGUGGCAGUGGGAUAGUUUGGUUGUUUAAGAUUUUAAAUUUCCCGUGGAAUGUGUUUUGGGCUGAGCUGUUUAAAGGUUAUACUUAUUGCUAUUUCAAACGUAUAAGCGUGCAAGGUAUAUGCUAUGGCGAAAUAUUUACUUUUAAAAACGUAGGAACGUUCUACUUCUCUGAGGCAUGACUAAAUAAAGACAUGAUUUUCGUA